CCCGUAGUACAGCUGGACGGUUGCUUAGAGACCGCGGCACAGGGGAAGCUGUAAUGGAGAAGUAUGAAAAAAUCAAAGUUGUGGGGAGAGGCGCUUUUGGGAUUGUCCACCUGUGCCGCAGGCGCAGUGAUGGAGCCUUUGUCAUCCUCAAAGAGAUCCCAGUGGAGCAAAUGUCCCGAGAUGAGCGUCUUGCAGCACAGAACGAGUGCCAAGUGCUGAAGCUGCUCAACCACCCAAAUAUCAUUGAGUAUUAUGAGAACUUUCUCGAGGACAAAGCUCUUAUGAUCGCCAUGGAGUAUGCACCAGGUGGGACAUUGGCAGAUUACAUUCAGAAGCGGUGCAACUCCUUGCUGGAUGAGGACACUAUUCUGCAUUUCUUUGUUCAGAUCUUACUGGCACUUUAUCAUGUGCACAACAAAUUAAUUCUGCAUAGAGAUCUUAAAACACAAAAUAUCCUCCUUGACAAGCAUCAGAUGAUUGUCAAAAUAGGUGACUUUGGGAUUUCAAAAAUCCUUGUCAGCAAGAGUAAGGCAUACACAGUGGUUGGGACACCAUGUUAUAUCUCUCCAGAAUUAUGUGAAGGAAAGCCAUACAACCAAAAGAGUGACAUCUGGGCCUUAGGCUGUGUGCUCUAUGAGCUCGCCAGUCUCAAGAGAGCCUUUGAGGCAGCUAAUCUGCCUGCACUUGUCCUGAAGAUCAUGAGUGGCACAUUUGCACCUAUUUCAGAUCGAUACAGCCCAGAACUUCGGCAGCUUAUUCUCAACAUGCUAAAUCUGGACCCAUCCAAACGACCACAACUCAAUGAAAUUAUGGCUUUGCCCAUCUGUAUCCGACCACUUCUUAAUCUGUAUACUGACAUAGGCAACGUCAAAAUGCGAAGGAUUGAAAAGCCCUUAUCUGCAGUACAGACUGGUCCACAAGGAAGGCCAGGAGGCAGGGUGCCCACCAGCAGGUCAAGAGAUGGCGUGACUGGCAUUGGCACGGGUAAAGUGCAUUCCCUCCCAUUAUCCUCAGUGUAUACCUGGGGUAGUGGGAUCUCAAUGCCACUUCGGCUGCCAAUGCUGAACACUGAAGUGCUGCAAGUGUCAUUGGGACGCACUCAGAAAAUGGGGGUCACCAAAUCAGGCCGUUUAAUUACAUGGGAGGCUCCCUCUGUGGCCUCAGGUGAGGGCUGUCUUCCCGGGGCAGUGGAGCAGAUGCAGCCUCAGUUCGUCUCCCGGUUUCUGGAGGGUCAGUCUGGAGUCACCAUCAAAUCUGUGGCCUGUGGUGAUCUCUUCACCACCUGCAUGACAGACAGGGGCAUCAUCAUGACUUUUGGUAGUGGAAGUAAUGGUUGUUUAGGACAUGGUAACUUCAAUGAUGUAACACAGCCUAAGAUUGUAGAAGCGCUCCUUGGCUAUGAGCUGGUUCAGGUUUCAUGUGGUGCUUCCCAUGUGCUCGCUGUGACAAAUGAAAGAGAAGUAUUUGCCUGGGGUCGAGGAGACAAUGGCCGCCUAGGCUUAGGCACCCAGGAUACCCAUAAUUCUCCCCAGCAGGUGUGUUUACCAGUGGACUUUGAGGCCCAAAAAGUGGUGUGCGGAGUUGAUUGCUCUAUGAUUAUCAGCACCCAAUACAGCAUAGUGGCAUGUGGAAGCAACAGGUUCAACAAACUUGGCCUGGAUAAGAUCAUGGAAGGAGAGGAACCAGGGUCCUCCAGUCAGGUGGAAGAGGUUCAUUCUUAUACACCGGUCCAAUCAGCACCUCUGGACAGGGAGAAAAUUGUUUACAUUGAUAUUGGGACGGCCCAUUCUGUUGCAGUCACAGAAAAUGGUCAGUGUUAUACAUUUGGCAGUAACCAACAUGGUCAGAUGGGCUGUAGUUCACGCCGUACCCGCCGUGUGCCAUACCUUGUGCCAAAUCUGCAGGGUAUAACUAUGGCGGCAUGUGGAGAUGCUUUCACUUUAGCUAUUGGAUCAGAUGGGGAAGUGUACACCUGGGGUAAAGGAGCCCGUGGACGCCUGGGAAGGAAAGAAGAGGAUUCUGGGAUACCGAAGGCAGUGCAGCUCGACGAGGCUCACCCCUUCACGGUGACAUCAGUGGCUUGUUGUCAUGGAAACACUCUUCUGGCUGUGAAACCUUUGCUUGAAGAACCUGUUCCAAGAUGACCUCCCACCAAAGAGCUUCUUCAGCUUCUGUUUCCCAAAGAAAUGAGCCAGCUCCUAUGAAAACCUUUGCACCACAGACUUUCUUAUUCCUGCCGGGCCCUUGAGUUUCACUUGAUCAUUAUUCAGCUCUAUUUCAUCUUCAGAAAGAGAGAGUGAGCUUUGAGUCAAAGGUUCACAGGAGGUCAGAACCUGUUUGUUAGAGCAGGUGUCACGCACAAGGUGAGGGACUGGUGUGACACUUAAGGAACAGGAAGUCGUUUUGGAGCUUUUAUGUGGUGAGGUAUUGUCCUCUUUUGCAUGCACUGAGCAUGAUAAACCAAAGGCUAUAAAAGACAAACUGGUUUGAGCUCCUAAGCCUCUGGCAAAUGAGACUGUGACAAAACAGACAAAUCAAAAGGAUGAAUGCCACUUCUGUGUUUGGUUACAGACCUGUCAAAUUAACUUAACAUAAAUCUUGAUAACAUUGUCAUUGGUCACUUGUGUCUUACUGGAUUAUCUUGUUAGUCCAUUUUAGCCCACUAGCAGUUUUAGUUAAGGUAACGAUGUGUCGAGGGCUGUCUAACCCCAUCAUACGAUCUAAUGCAACAGUAUUUACACGGCUUCAUAUUCCCUUUUUAUCUACAUUAAUGAUACACUACAGUAUGUUUUAUUAUUCUUUAUAUUUUGUAUUAUUCAUAUUUAUAAAGUUUUACAGUUUUAACAGAAAGUCUUAAAAAUGUAAAAAGUGGGAGAAAAAAACAACAACAAUAUCAAUUGUGUGGAAAGUGGAAAAUGUGCAGUAUUCAUUCUCCGCAGUAUUAAUGGUACAUUACACUGUAUUCAAAUAUUGUUUGUUUACAUAAGAAUGAUAAUUUUGUAACACCUUUCCAACAACAUGUUAGUGAAACUAACUUUGUGUUUUUAAGUAAAAACAUAAAAUCUUUAAUCUAAUCUUUAUUUAUUUAUUUAUGAAUAAAUGGAUAAAUAAAUAAAUAAAAGAUAGCCCAUUGUUUUGUUUGUGGAUGAUGUAAUGAUGAUGUAAUCCAGAGGCAAUGCAUUAAGUGAAA